AAAUACUUCGAUUUCUUUUAAUAUUUAUUUGUAUGCAACAUCAAAUUAACGAUUUUAACAUCUCACGGGAAUUGCCCAAACACUGAUCUCUUAUACGAUUCCAACGUUUCAUAUCAACGGAUCCUUUUGGUUAUAUAAGGGUUGCUAUCAUGUUUCAUGGCAUUCCAGUUACGGGAGGGAUCGGAGGAGGCCAAGCAAACAAACCGGAAUUGUAUGAGGAAGUAAAGUUGUACAAAAAUGCGAGAGAACGUGAAAAGUAUGACAACAUGGCCGAGCUGUUUGCUGUGGUCAAGACCCUUCAGGCACUAGAAAAAGCCUAUAUCCAGGACUGUGUCACACCGAAUGAGUACACUGCUUUCUGCUCCAGACUUCUGGUUCAGUAUAAGGCUGCCUUCAAACAGGUCCAGGGCUCUGACGUAGGCUCCAUCGAUGACUUCUGCAGAAAGUACAGACUUGACUGCCCUCUAGCCAUGGAGAGAAUAAAGGAGGACCGACCAAUCACCAUCAAGGACGACAUGGGCAACCUGAACCGUUGCAUUGCAGAUAUUGUUUCUCUCUUCAUCACUGUGAUGGACAAGCUGAGACUGGAGAUCAGAGCGAUGGACGAGAUCCAACCUGACCUGAGAGAGCUCAUGGAAACUAUGAACAGAAUGAGUAACAUGCCUCCAGAAUCUGAGGCAAAGGAGAAAGUCAGCCUUUGGCUGACCACCCUGAGCAGUAUGUCUGCGUCCGACGAGCUUGAUGACUCCCAGGUCCGCCAGAUGCUCUUCGACCUGGAGUCGGCCUACAACGCCUUCAACCGCUUCCUCCACUCCUCCUAGAGCCGUCGGCGGCCCACGCGUCUCACCGACUCCCUCCUGACUCCCAACCUCCCCCCC